AUGUCCGACGGCAAUAAUCAAAAGUCAGAUUCUGAACCUAGCAGUAAAAAAAUUAAAAUUGAUCAUGAAAGUGGGAAUAAUGUGAGUGAAAAUCAGUUGCAAUUAAAAGACUUUGUAUUGGAGAAGAUUUUAAAUAACAACACUAAUAGGAAAACUGUUUGUGUGCAAGGAAAAUUCAAAGACAAAAGUGGCGUGGCUUUAGUUAUUUUAGAGAAAAAUGCUUUCAAGGAAGAAGAUUUGAGCAAUGAAGGUUACUUUUCCGUAGAUACAGAGUUGAAAACGUUCUUCGAGAACGAUAUCUACGGGAAUUACGAGUGUUUCCCCCGGUCUUCAAUUAAUGGUGUAAAAACAUCAAUAAUAUACCCCGCUACAGAGAAGCAUAUUGCCAAGUUUAGUCAACAAGAGCUCCACAUUGUUCUGGAAACUCCAGAGUUGUACCAGAAGCUCACAUUACCACAUUUGGAGAAGGAGCAGUUCAAUUUACAGUGGGUUUACAACAUUCUAGAAGGGAAGAGUGAGCAGGACAGAAUAGUCUACGACAAUAAGUGUGAAAAGGACGGAUUUGUGCUAGUUCCUGACCUCAAGUGGGACGGACUUACAAAAGAGUCCUUGUACCUGCUAGCUAUCGUUAGAAGGCGAGGAAUCAAGUCUUUGAGGGAUCUGGAUGAUAGUCAUCUGCCAUUGUUGAAGAGGGUUCGCGACGAGGGAAAGAAAAAAAUAUUCGAGAAAUACAACGUACCGGCGUCACAGCUGCGAGUCUACCUCCAUUACCAGCCUUCGUUCUACCACCUGCAUAUACACUUCACGUACUUACGCCACGAGGCGCCCGGCAUCUAUGCAGAGAAGUCACAUCUACUCGACACUGUCAUUGACAAUAUCGAAAUGAAACCAGAUUACUACCAAAAAGCAACCCUACCUUUCACCAUCCGUGAAAUGGACAACAUUUUCAACAUCUACGAAACAAAUGGACAUGUCCAGAGAAUCAAGCAAGAAAGUGAAUUAAUUGAUAAGUAA